GGAAUUGCCUGCCAUUUGCCCGCACCGUGGAAGAACCAUUAAUCCUAUUAUUGUGAAGGAAGAGUUUCUGGUCGCCAUUGGGGAGAACGCCACUUCUUGAUAUGGAAGUUUUAUCUGAGAAAGAUCUGCUUCAUCCGUGGCAAGACAGUUUUCUGAAGUCUAAUAGCUAGAGAAGAAUGCUAAAGAGGAAGUGGGGUUUAUUCGAAUUCAGGAAAAAGCACACUAAAGAGAGUUCUUUUAACUUGACCUGAUGCUAAAAAGUUCUUUUUCUUUUUUUUUUUCUUUUUUUAAGAUCAGAUGGAACCAUUUAAUGCUGUUCCUCUCAAGUCUUGUCAUCACGCCAGUGGGAGUCCACUGAUUGACCCUCUUCCCUGCCUCCUCUCUCCCAUCCUCCCUCUCUUUCUCUAUAUCUCUGGUGGUCGAUCUCUCUAGCACAAACUGCUGAAAAUGCACUCCCCAUGUGGCCUUCCUUCUUCUUUUCUGGUCUCCCAUCUUCCGCUACUGCUGUUGUUACAAUCUGCUGCUUGGUCUCACGUGUGAACCAGUGGGUAGCCAAUGAAGAUGAAGUUGGCAGCAGGCUGCUCAUAGCAUGUCUGUCGACCAACCAUCAACCUUCCUUACCAUUGUGACCACCACCAGCACAAACAACCACUACCAGAACCAACACCACCACCACCACCAAGUUGCUGUUUCAUCUUUUAUUUUCCGCUCUCGCCGUUGUUUAUCUUCUUUCCUCCUCUCUUUCUUUUUCUUCUAUAGAGAGAGAGAGAGAAAGAGAGGGAGAGUAUAGGCAAUUGAUUUUUUCUAGAGAACGGGAGAGAGAAAUGUAAAAGUUAGAUGGUUGUUAUUAUCCUCUGUGCAUGAGAGGGAGUGAGGGAGAUGGAAGGGAACGUGGGGAACAGAAGAAACGAUCACCAUCAUGAAAGUCAUCAUCACCAUCACGAGAAUCACCAUCAUCACGACCACCAUCCCCACCAUCAGAUCCCAUGGAAUUUCUCACAGGAGCCGAGCACCAGCAUCCACCUCCCUCCCUUUAGUCAGCUAUCUACCUCCUCCGCCUCACCACCAUUGUCGUCCUUCAACAACCAAAACAACCAUCACCAUCACUUUGACGCCUUCCUCCACAGCCCGCCCUACCUUCCCGUCGAAGUAAAGACCUCCCAACCUUUCCUCUUUCCUUCCACGGACCUUCUCGACUCCGAUUUUCCUCAUCACUCGCCGGGCGUUCCCUCCGAUUCUCUCACUCUCAAACUCGGCAAGCGCCACUACUAUGAGAACGCAAGCAGCGGUGCUCUCGGGAAGCUAAGCCCGGCGGACGACCCGCAUGUAUCAGGCUUCUCCCUUCUGAAGAGGGGGAGGGAAUUCCUCUCCCACUUCCACCUCCACCACCAACACCACCACUUCCAGCACCAACCAUCGCUGGCAUCAUCGACGCCACAAUCAAUGCUUGCUUCAGGGGCAGCCGUCUUAGGUGCGCCGGUGCCGAGAUGCCAGGUAGAAGGCUGCAACGUGGCGCUGAUGGGGGCCAAGGAGUACCACAGGAGGCACAAGGUGUGUGAGAUGCACUCCAAGGCGCCCAAGGUGGUAGUCCAGGGACUAGAGCAGCGGUUUUGCCAGCAAUGCAGCAGGUUCCACGUCGUUUCUGAGUUUGAUGAUUCCAAGCGGAGUUGUAGAAGGAGGCUGGCUGGUCAUAAUGAACGCAGAAGAAAGAGCUCUUCUGACUCCACAACUAAGAAUAGUUCUCAAGAAGGUCGAGGGGUAGGUGGCAGACUCCCGUCGGCUCGCAACACGUCGACGUCGUCAUCAGCGGGACGUGCUCUCUCUCUUCUGUCAUCCGAAAGCUCGCCGACGUGGUCCUCAUCAGCAGCGGCAGCACCUGCCGACGACGACCUCUCCUUCCGCUCCAGCGCCGCCCUCCGGGAGCUCAUCGCCGAGAACCGAGCCGCCGCGCUCGCCAAGCAGCUCGUCUCCCCGGACGACGGUCCCGUUCUCCCUCACGAUUACCCGGGCCACGGCCAGGACCACCAGCCUUUGUUCAUGCACAGCCGUGCAGCCCUGCGCCGCCACGACCAGCCGCACCAGUUCGGCACGUUAGAACCCCUCUCUGCGACCACUGCCACCACCACCACUCUUGAACUCAUGCGGGCAACGCAUGUGCAACCGCAGCACCCCAGCUACCAGCUUAUGACGCCAAGGAGCGGCCGGCUGGGCGCCGGAGAAGACGAGGACUCGAUCGAGUGCGAGAUUUGGAGGUCGAUUGAGUGACUGAUGGUGGUUGUCUGAUUCCUGGAGAAUCGUGUAUCAUGUGCCGUUGGAGAUUUUUCUCCUUCAUUGCUCCCCUCUGUUUCUUAUUCAAAAUUUUCAGUCUUAAUUCUGUUAGGCAUUUGCUAUGUUGAUUUGGGGCCUUUUGGACAACGUUGUCAUAACCAGCAGGAUGGACACCAACCUCAUGGAUUCUUUGUUUUCUUUCCUCUUUCUCUGAGAACUCGCAACCUAACCAUGAGAAUUGGUCUUACUCUUGCCUUUAUGCCAUCAAUUAUGUUUCAAUCGUAUAUGUAUGUGUAUAUCCAAUCUGAGAAUUAUGUAAAUUGAUGAGCCAUUUGA